AUGAUCGAGCGCGACAGGACGCCCGCGACCGCGCGCGACGGCGAGGAUGCCGCCGGAGGUUCCGAUUCUCAAAACCCACCAAAACUCGCGGUCGGCGGCGACGACGAGGGCGACGACGAGGGCGAGGGCGAGGAUUACGUGUACGUCGGGGACGACUGGAACGACGUCGGCCCGAGCCUCAUCCCGUCCAUCGUCACCGCGUGCCUCGGCGCCUUCCUCUUCGGCUACCACUCCGCGGUCAUCAACGCCCCUCUCGCGGACAUCGCGGAAGACCUGGGCUUCGGCGGCGACAACUUUGCCAAAGGAGCCGUCGUCUCCAUCAUGGUCGUCGGAGGGUUCGCGGGGGGGCUCGGCAUCGGCCCGUUCGCGGAUAAGGAGGGCCGACGCGCCGCGCUCGUCGCCACGACGAUCCCGUUGGCGCUCGGCACCCUCGUCUGCGGCGGGGCGGAUUCGCUCUGGACGAUGAUGCUCGGCCGGUUCAUCACCGGAGCGGGCGUCGGCGCGUCGACGCAGAUCGUGCCCGUGUACCUGUCCGAGGUGUCACCGCCCGGUCUGCGAGGUACCGUGAACGGGAUCCGGCGCAUGGGAUACGUCGUCGGGUCGGCGGCGGCGGCGGUGGCGAAAUCGGUUGUCCGACCGGAACCCGGAUGGUGGCGCCCGCUCUUUUACUUUGCGGCGAUUCCCGCCGUGGCGCAGGCGGCGGGGGCGCUCAGCGGCGUCGCCGUCGAAUCGCCGGUGUGGCUCUUGGGGCCGGAGGGAUGCGCGAUGGAGAGCCGACGGAGUUUGGCCAAGUUGCUCGGCAUUCGAGGCAGGGCGGCGGUGCGAUGGCAGGAGGCGGUGGCCGGGUCCGGCUCCGAGGCGGCGGUGAACACGUGGGGCGCCCUCUUCACCGAGCAGCGCAACCGCUACCCGAUGAUCAUCGGCGCCGGCGUGUGUCUCCUCGCGGGCCUGUCGGGUUCCAACACGGUUAUUUACUACGCCUCCUCGGUGCUCAAGGAGGCGGGAGUCGACGACCCGGGUCUCCUGACCCUGGUCGUGGGCUUACCCAACGUCGUCGGCGGGGUCAUCGCGCUGCUGUGCACGGACAAGUACGGCAGGCGGCCGCUGCUGCUCUGGUCGUUCGGUGGUAUGGCCGUGUGCCUCGCGGCUUUUUCGACAGCCGCGUCGUUCGAGCCCCUUCGCACCACGACGUUGGUCGCGAUUCCGCUCUACACCUUUUUCUUCAGCAUGGGCGCGGGGCCGGUGCCUUGGCUGCUGUACAGCGAGGUGUUCCCGACGCGCAUCCGCGCGCGCGCCACCGCCGUGGUCACCGCGAUAAACUACGUGUGCAACACCAUCGUCGGCGCCAGUUUCUUACCCCUCAUCGGCGCGUUUGGUUUAAAGGGCACCUACGCCAUGUACGCGGUGCUGUGCGCCAUAGGGUACGUGUUCGUCGAUCAGCUCGUGUUCGAGACGAAGGGCCUGGCGCUGCAGGACAUCGAGGGUGUCAUGCUGGCCAAGGAGGCGCAGUGGUCCGGGGUACCGCUUCCACCCGCCGGCGGCGCAGCCGGCGGCGAGGACACGGCUGGCGAGGCGGGGGAUGAAAACGAAGGCGAGGCGUUGGGUUCCGGGUUUUGGUGGACGGAUGUCGGGGAGAAGAUGGAGCGGGUCAUCGACGAGGUCAGGCGGUCGAUCGACGAGUUGGGGGUGGCGGAGGUGGAGGAGGAGGAGGCGGCGGCGUCCGUCGAGGAGCGCGACGAGGCUUCGGACGACGGCGAUUCGAGCGAGCGACGAUUCAAGUGA